CUGCAAAUCAAACAACAACAAAAAUGGCUGUAGAGUUAUUAAAUUAUACAAAUAUGAAAGAACAGUUAGCUUUACAAGAAGCUGCUUCAGCCGGUUUAAAAUCAAUGGAUAAUUUAAUCCGGUUCGUUUCAUUUCAACAACAGCAAAACCAAACGGUUCAGCCGGAUUGUAGAGAGAUAACUGAUUAUACUGUUAACAAUUUUAGGAAGGUUAUUUCUAUUUUGAACCGGACCGGUCAUGCCCGGUUUAGACGUAGUCCGGUUCAGGUUACUGAUGAUUCAUGUACGGCUCUUACUCUAUCUCCGUUGACAACGCCGGCGGAGGAAACAGUACCGGCGGUGAAAGCGCCGGUGAAUGUUCCGGUUGAGAAGUAUCAAUCGAAGGAGUUGACUCUAGAUUUUACGAAACGGAAAGUUGGUAAAUCUAUUGGAUGUGAAGCUGUUCCGGUGGCGAGUUCGACGACAUCGUCGUCGUUUAUGUCGACGAUUACAGGUGAAGGAAGUGUAUCAAACGGGAAAGUGUUUUCGUCUAUGAACUUACCUCCUCGUCCGCCUGUUUCCUCCGGGAAGCCGCCAAUCGCCGGGAAAAGAUGUCGCGAUCAUGAUCUGUCUGAUGAAUUUUCCGGUAGAACCUCCAGCUCCGGCAAGUGUCACUGCAAAAAGAGGAAAUCUCGAGUAAAAAAAGUGAUCAGAGUUCCGGCGAUCAGUUCAAAAACCGCUGAUAUUCCGGCAGAUGAAUACUCAUGGAGAAAGUACGGUCAAAAGCCGAUCAAAGGUUCACCAUACCCAAGGGGAUAUUACCGAUGUAGUAGUGUAAGAGGAUGUCCGGCGAGAAAGCACGUAGAGAGAGCCACCGACGAUCCAGGAAUGCUUAUUGUGACUUACGGCGGAGAACAUCGUCAUGUUCAAACCACGAUUUCCGGCAACGUCCCCAGCGCCGGCGCUGGAGCUGGAAGUUCCGGCGAAAGAAUGAUGGCUUUUGAGUUAACAGGACAGAAAAAUGGAGAACGAUUAGGGUUAGAGAUUUAGGGGCUUUUUUUGUAAUUUCGAGAUAGUGGAGGGGUGGAACUGACAUUUGAGAAGACUUAAAGAUUAGAAAAGUCAAUAGUUUGGUGGGAGUUGAGGGGUGUGUAUGUAAAUUUGGGAAAUUUUGACUACUUUUUAUUUAAUACGACAAUCGAGAUGGUUUAGAAAUUUUCAAGUUUGACUAUACUUUUACUUU